CAAAUGUCGAAGAUGGCCACGUGCGGCUACCCGGUGUUUCGUUCUCUCCCAAUCGAGGAGGGCAUGUUCCCGCGCUCUCUUUUUGGCCGGCAAACCUACAGUCCCAAUUGUCCCAUGCUAACCUUAUCAUGUGACCCUACUGGCUCCAUUUGCUGCGAAUACGGGAAGCAAUGCUGUGGCAAUGGUUGCUGUGAUAUUGGCUAUAGCUGCGAGUCGACUUCCUCUGGACUUGCUUGUUGCCCGUACUCGGGCGUGGCAGAGGGUGUCUGCGCCGAUUUAUCUGUUACAAAUCCAUGCCAAGGAGACGACCAGUACUGCGUAGCCACAGACUAUUGUUGCCCCAUCGACACUGGAUGUGCUGUUUAUAGCGAUGGCUCUCCUUAUUGCGCUACGGCAGAUUCUCUCCCAUCGAUCUCCACGACAAUCACCCCGAUAUACUCCUGACUCUGCUACAAUGCGCUCAACAUACAGUCCCCCCCCAGAAGAAUACAGCAGUAUUUCGACUAUCUCCACGCCUGAGCCCGAUAUACCAUUAUUCUCCAUACCCGGUGAUACGUCGACUUUGACCACUACAACCGAUUCCUCUCCUGCUAUUUCUACUCGUCCUGUAACAGCAAGUCUACCAUAUACGCCUUUGAUGAGCUUAGUUUCGAGCCUUCAUAUAAGCUCUUCUCUAGGGAUAGAAGCGAACUCGAAGUCAUUUUGGAAUAGUCCUGUGUCAGAGACCGCAACUUCAUAUACCCAAUCCACGGGCUCUUACACAUCGACAAGUAAUGGUCCUACGUCCACAAUCUCUACUAUCACUACCACGAGUUCCAUAAAUCCUACAAGAAGUCCUCUCUCCAGUAGCGCGAUUGGAGGAAUUACAGGGGGUGGUAUAGCUGCUCUCUUCGCUCUUCUUCUCAUCUGGUGGUGUAUCCAUAAAGGCUGGUGCCUCACCCCUAAGAGGUCUAACGGAAGCACCGUCCACGUGGUACAUCAGCAUCAUCAUACGAGCCCCAAAGUCCCCCGCGUGCCGGAGACACAUACCAGCUUGGACCAUCGACACAAAAUUAUCCGUCGAAAACAACGUUCAGACCUUCCACGGAGCACUCGCUACAAACCCGGUCUCGAUGACGAACGAGAAUCUCCUCGUCUCUUUCAAAGACUGCCUCAGGGCUGGAUCCUAUUAGCUCACCUUCAGCCGGGAGAGGGUAAUGACGCUUUACACUGCGAGAUACGAGACAGCACUCAAUCUGAGAAGUAUGAGGCACUCUCUUGGGUCUGGUUUCAGCGCUCUCGAAUAGAGAAAAACUCGAAGAAGCCCCUUAGGAUGAUCCCAAUGCUCGUUAGUCGGUCGGAUGGGAUCAAAGAUGGGCAACAUAUCAUUAUGUGGAUUACUCCAAAUCUCGCUAGAGCCCUAUGGAAGCUACGUCCGCCUCUAGGUCAGACAUCCCGACCGUUAUGGAUUGAUAUGCUCUGUAUCAUACAAGGCAGCUCUGUUGAGGCAAGAGAAGAUCAAGAACAACAGCUGCCACUAAUGGCCUCCAUCUAUGGCUCUGCUCAAUACGUGAUUGCCUGGCUCGGGGAGAUUGCUGAGGGUAUAGAAUUCAUAUUCGAACAGGCCAACCUCAUUAUCGGUCUCGACACGCCUUUUUCUGAAAAGAUAAUGCCUUACAAACCCUUCGUUGACUACAGUCCGAAGGAAGUUCAAAUUAUACAUGAUUUUGCUUUGAGAGAUUACUGGACUAGGAUUUGGAUUGUCCAAGAAUUUGCCCUAUCAAACUCCAGCUUUUCGCUUAUUUUCAAAUCCGACGAGCUCGAAACAACGUGGCCUCAAGUGAAUGUUCUCAUCAAUGAUAUAGAUGGACCAACGCAACAUGGCGUCGUCCGAAAUAUUGUUGACGACUACGUACUGUUCCCGGGCGUGGUCAAUUGUUCGGUUCUGGCCGCCGUCCGCAAGUAUGUGAGACCUGCCCAAAUAUUACAAUACAAGUUUUACGAGAUCAAACAUGAGGGCCUCCGACUACUGCCUUUGAUUCACUAUCUACGCAAUCACAUGUGUGGCGAGCCCAUGGAUCGCUUCAUGGCUCUCAAAUCACUCACCCGUGGUGAUACAUUUGAUAUAAUCAGUCCCCAAUACAAUAUUAAGAACCAAUAUGUAGCGGAGUAUGGUAGUCAAGCGUGGCUUGCACUAGAGCGCUUUUUUCCUCGCGUCACUCGUCCUGUCAAAUACCACAGAUCCGAACUGACAGCGAUCGCUCAUACAUACGGUCAACUCGUCGAACUCGUAGCCAUACUCUAUGGUCGUCUCGAUGCCCUCAACUGCAACACGGGCCAGACUGAGGAAGAAAGCCUCCAUGGGUAUGGCUUAUCAUCCUGGAUCCCCAACCUCUGGAGCCCGCACACCACGUAUUCACUCAUCGAUGGCGGCCGCGGUCCCGAAACCUGGUUUCAGGACAUCGAGCACAUGUACUCCGCUGGAAUGGCAAGACCGCCAGCAGUAUACAGACUAAAACCCCUUGAUGGUAGUCACUACAGCCCAGACCCAGGCAAGCUUCUAGUUACAGGCUUCCAAUUCGACUAUAUCGACAAGAUACUGCCCCAGGCUGUCACGCCACAAACGCUCGAGGUACCACUCGGCGAACGUACCGUUGCGCGUCUCAAUGACGCACUGCUUACCUGGGCAGAAAACAAUGCCGCUGAGCUGGAUGGGUGGGGUCUGGGUAUAUACCGAGACUGGAAUGGCGGCUACGAUAUGGCGUUGCGCCGCAUGCUCGUUGCAAAUGUUGAUCCCGCUCGGGCCUUUGGCAAUCCCACUGCGAAAACCUCCGGCCACGACCUCAACUUCUGCAGGUCUACGGAGUGGGGCCAGGAGCCGACGCGCACGCUGACUGAUGUUACGAAGGUCUGGCCACAGGAGAUCAUGCGUGUGCACCUCAACAGGCGUAUGUUCCGCACUCGUAUGGGGUAUAUUGGUGUGGGACCUGAAGCCUUGAAGAAGGGUGAUUUGGUCGUUAUUCUUUUCGGGGGGCAGACACCUUACGUGCUUAGAGAGAAUAGUUUGGCGGCUCCGACGAGAAUACAUGGGACUGGUCAGAAAGGGCGGUGGCAGACGUAUAAAUUUCUAGGCGAGUGCUAUGUUGACGGAAUCAUGGGCGAUGACAACGGAACGGCAGAUAGCGAUCAUCGCCAGGACUUUGUUCUAGAAUAGGGUUCUGGAACACCAUAUAUGUACAUUUUCAUGAUUGUUAGUGGUUUAUCCUUCUAUAAAUAAGCAAAAAAUCCAAGAUCGUAGUGCAUAAUAUCGAGUCGGG